UUAGUAAAAAAAUCGUAAAAAAUAAUUUAAAAUUGAUUUUACUAAAAUGAAGAGAGCACACUUUGUGGCGGGCUUUAGAAUAAGAAAGAAAAUCUGUAAGAAUUUUCUUUUGUGACUAGCUGGCUGCAAAUAAAUGUCAAUACUUUAACAACUUUGGCAAUUCAUUGAAAUAUGUCAAAUACAUAAUGAUUUCACAAUAUCUGCAAGAAUGUAAAAAAAUAUUUACAAAAUAACUAAAAUAUUUAAUUUACCAAUACAGUGUAUUGCUACGAAAUUUAAAAUAGUUUUCUAUAACAAAAUGAAAUAAACUAAAUUUGUUCCAAUGUGUACAAUAAGUAUGCAUGCGAAUCAAAAUCACAUACAAAAAGUUAUAGAAAAUAAAGAUAUAAUGAUCAAAAGCUGCUACAGUCAACAUGCAACAGUUGAGAGGUCUUUUCCUACACCAAGGUUCUGAGUCUGUCCUGAAAAUCAUUUGUUACUCACUCCAAAAUAGACAAGUCACAUACCUCAACAAAAUGUCUCCUACAAGCUGGUUAACUGCUAAGAACUUAUUUAAUAUAAGUAUGAGAAGCCUUUGUUCCAAACAAGACCCUACUAAGUUACAUUUAAGCUCCGUCCAGGUCAUUGAUAUGAAACCUGCAAAACCAGAACGAAAGGAAAUAGCCGAUCCUCCCGAAAUACCAGAACCUCCUAGUCCAGAGGAGCCACUGCCGCGAGUUCCAGUUCCCGGAAAUCCAGAUGUAACCAUUCCCUUCACCCCUGAUUUACCCGUGCCCGAAUAUCCCGAAAUCCCCAUACCUGUAAAACCUGGAUCAUUUCCCAUUAAAAAUUUACCAGGAAAUCCAAAACCAAUUUUCAAAGAAGUCGUGCCAAGAUGGCGCGCACCUGUUAUACCAGAUUUAGCGACGUUGUUUACCUCCCCAUUGGUUCUGAAUAAAGUAGCGGUAAACUAUAAAGCUGAAUAUUUAAUGCUGACUUCUCAAAUGGAAAUUAUGUCGAGAGCAAACAAUUACUUUUAUAGAAAAUGUGGUUUACCUGAAAGUUCAAUUUUACAGCUAAUAGACAAGAGAAUAAUUUCAAAACUCGAUGAGAAUAUGCCUACAAAUGACGGAAAUAUAAAUAACUUAAUCCUUGCAAUCUCAGGGUUGUCUCCCAUCCAAGUCGUUGCUAUUUUAUCGCUACUACAAAAUCAAAUUUGGCUUAUAUCAAACAGGGAAAAGAUAGCUCACAGUGAUUUCAGUUUUGAGAUGAACAACGAAGAAUUUGAUAAAAUGAUUAAAUUGGCUGCAAUCUUACAAAGAGAAGUUUUGCAUCCCAAUAGGUUGGGGAGAUGGUGUGUCAAGCAAAGUGAACUUUUGCAUUCUAAGUAUCCAGAAUGAAACUAUUAAACUAUUCGCUUAGGUUUUAGCCAAUUUAAAACAUGAUAAAAACAACUUAUAGUUAGCUUCAUAAUUUAUUCCACAUUUUUGUUGUAAUGUAAAAUCAAUAGGUCCAUAACUGAAGUAUAAAAUUGUAAUUUAUCAUUAAAAUAAAAAUGAAUUUGAGGUGUUUUAUUUUUGUUUAUUUAUUACCGCACCAUUUAACACGAACAGGGCUUUACAUACUGACAUUAACCGACUUAUG